AUGGACUUCGCGACGCUCCUCGUGCUCUACGUGUGCUGCGUGGCCGCCACGGCCGCGCUGCUCUGCCUGCGCGCGGGGAGGAGGCCGCGCCGCGCCGCGGCCCGGGUGCUGUCAUGUGUAAUCCCCACAGAGCUUCAAAGAAUGGCACAGAAGGUGCUUCACAGGCUCUUCCACACACGAAGCUGUUUGUUUGUCGUCCUGCAUAUAGCCUUGCAAGCGGCAGUUUAUGGUGAAUACACAUGGGAAGUGUUUGGCUACUGCUGGGAGCUGGAGAUUCCCAUGCCUCUCCUGCUGCUGCCCUUCCUGCUGCUGCCUGUGAACGUGGGGUUCUUCAUGCUGUGCUCUCGGGCCGAUCCUGGUACAAUAACCAAAUCAAAUCACCCAUCAUUGGUCAAGAUUUAUGCGUAUGAUGCUGUCUUGUUUCAGAAGGGUAUCGUGUGCCCUACAUGCAACAUGGAGAAACCAGCCAGAUCAAAACAUUGUGGUUUAUGUAACAUCUGUGUACAUCGUUUUGAUCACCACUGUGUGUGGGUCAACAACUGCAUAGGUGCCUUCAAUACGAAGUAUUUCUUCCUUUACCUGUUUACACUGACUGCCAUGGCUGCGAGCAUUGCGCUCAUCACAGUGGCAUUUUUCAUCCAAGUGGUGCUGCUGUCAAAUGUGAUGCAUGCAAGUUACAUUGACGACCAAGGACAAGAGCAGAGUGUUGAGAUUCUGUUUCUCAUUCAGCACUUUUUCUUGACUUUCCCUAGGAUUGUCUUCAUGCUUGGGUUUGUUAUUCUUCUCACUCUUGUGCUGGGAGCAUACUGCUGUUUCAAUCUGUACUUGGCCCUAACCAACCAAACAUCCAACGAAUGGUAUAAAUCGAGAAGAUUUGGGUGUUCUCACCAUCUACCAUCGCAGCCUGGGGACAGGCCAGUUAUCUACAAAAAUAUUUAUUCUAACGGAAUCUGGAUGAAUUUAAAGGAAAUCUUUAAGCCUCCUACAAUAUUGGGGAAAAAGAAGAGAACAUGA